AUGGUCAAGUUAGCUGUCUUUAGACGGAAGACUAAGAAAACAGAACGAGAGGUGGAAUUGACAUUUGAAAGUCAUGCACAACAAGCUAGAAAGGGUGCAAUUCAUAAUGGUAAUUCGGGGAAACAGGAAAAGGUCUCUACAACAAGUUGCUGUUGUUGUGGGGCGCUUUUGAAGCAUCCGCAUGUCGAGCACAAACUGAAAUGCAUGAGAUGUCAUACAACGGUGGAAUUGACAUCAACAGGUGAAAAGGACGUCAAAAAGCAUCACCUGUGGUCUUUUCAAGAUUUCGAGGACGUGAUUUCAGCCUGCAACGACGAAUUGAAGAGGAAAAGAGAAACGUUGGGCGCAGGAUUCCAAAAAUGUCAUUUGCGCGAUGCGUUUGUGCCGCUUGAAAAAUUCCUAGAAUCACUAUUCUCAAGCGUGGCCAGUCUCAAUAGCUUCUGCACUUCGUCUCACAAUGGCUCACAUCCACGCUACGAUUCCGAAAAGAUUUCAAGCUUCUAUGCAGCGAUUCUUAAACUUCCAACAAAAAAACCGUUCUACAAAGUGUUAAUCUGCAGUAAUGAUCGUCUCAGGAAGCCACGGAUCAAGAUGUUUGAGGACAACGCGGUCUCCUACUUCAAAGAGCUUUCAUGGAUCCUGAUGAUUCUAGAAAAUCCCCUUCUGCGACAAAGUCUGAAGUUUGAUCAAACAAGCAAGCCGCUGACGCCGCCCAUACGUGCGCUCCAAUAUGAGGUGUUGAAACGUUCGAUCGGCUAUUUGGCACUAAUUAAUGACUCUACGGGGAAAGAAUUAAUCGGCCAUCUGGCACACCUCGGUUUCCGUCGUUUUGAUGAACAGGUCGAUCUAUUAAACCUAUAUUUGAGUUUCCAUUUUUCGCGAAUCAUACGCAAAAGAGCUAGGACAGAGGCAUGUUUUGGGAGUCCUGACCUGGAAGAAUUUUGUUCAGACUCAAAGUACAACGCAAGUAAUCCCGAUGACGACUUUGAAACCAUCCCGCGGAUGGUCACCAGAUUUCUUACAAACAAUGGUCGUUCCGAGCAAAACUUACCAGCGAAUUUUAAAUUCCACUUGAGCGACUAUGGGAAUGAUUGGCAUAUCGGUACCGCUUCGAGAUUGUUGUAUUUCUACUAUCUCGUAAGUCAGCGAAAGUACAAGUGUCCGGUGUCACGAUUUUACAACAUGCUUUCUGAUUAUCUGGACUAUAAAAAGGAUUAUGAACAAUGGAGGUCAAAGUCUAAGACCAAUGCGAAAAGUGGGUCUAUAUCAUUUGUUGACACACUUGAUGGUCUUGUUUUAUCAACUGGUCAAAACUCAGAGACGCAAUUCACAAUGUGUCAGUUUCCAUUUUUGAUGACAAUGGGCAUAAAGAUAUCGAUAAUGGAGUAUGAAAUACGCAAAGAAAUGGAGCAUAAUGCGGAACAGGCCUUCCUCAAAGCAUUGGAUAAGAAAAAAGUAGUUGACGUCUAUUUGAGGAUAACCAUACGCCGAGAUCACGUGGCAGAGGACUCUCUACGUUGCAUUGAAUCCCAUCGCUCGGACCUUGGCAAGUGUCUCAGAGUCGAGUUCAUUAACGAGCCCGGGAUAGACGCUGGUGGACUCCGCAAGGAAUGGUUUUCUUUGUUGACCAAGGAAUUGUUCAAUCCCAAUAAUGGGCUAUUUACAGUGGUGGAGGAAAGCAGAUUUUCUUGGUUCAACAUGGCUUAUGAGAAUUUUGAGAGCAGCCCUGACAAUGCAUCCAAACUCUACUACUUGUUUGGCGUUGUACUGGGUCUGGCUAUAUACAAUGGGACGAUCUUGGAUGUUUGCUUUCCGAGGGCUUUGUACAAAAAGUUAUGUGGGGAACCACUCAUCAGAAGCGAUUAUUUCGAACUUUAUCCCGAGAGCGGUAGAAAUCUAAUGAAAAUGAUCGAUUACAAGAAUGAUGACUUUGAAGAUGUGUUUUGCUUGAAUUUCGAAGUCACUUAUACAGACUCUUGGGGCGUUAAAGUUCACCGAAAGGAAUUGUGUUCGGAUGGCUCGAAUAAGCAAGUGACGCGCGAGAACUGUCACGAAUAUGUAAGACUUUGGAUGGACUUUCAUUUGAACCGGGCAAUUGCCAACAGCUUUGAGGUUUUUUUGCAAGGCUUUCGCAGGGUUGUAAAGGGCGACGCGUUCCGUUUAUUCAAUGCAGCAGAAGUCGAGCUGCUGUUAUGCGGGAGUCGGGACAAAGAAAUUGACGUGAAUACUUUGAAGAGCGUGACGAAAUACGCAAAUGGCUUGGCGAGCAACUCACGGGUGGUGUCAUGGUUCUGGAGUAUUUUUGAUGAGUUUGACAGCAAUGAAAAACGAAAACUACUAGAAUUUGUGACUGGUUCCGAUAGAAUUCCUGCUACUGGAAUUUCGACGAUUCCGUUCAAACUCUCCCGCCUCGGCAAUGAUUGUAAUAAUCUGCCACUUGCGCACACAUGCUUUAACGAGCUUUGCAUUUAUGACUACAGCGAUAGCGCAAAAUUGAAGGGGAAGCUGUUAAUUGCAAUGUACGAAUCGGAAGGCUAUGGGUUUAGAUAA